CACACCACUUUCCUGCCAUUACUUUGUUUGCAGAGACUAUGGGGUUAGAAAAACUAAUAGUCCACUAAAAAUACCCUGCCGGGUGGCCUUUUCCUGCAGGCAGCACAGCUUCCAGGGUACGUGUGGGCCGUUGAGGAAAGAGGACAUGAGUGGAGCUGGUCUGCAUGCGGCUUCCUGAGCUAUGUUAUAAAGACUCCCCUCCCUCCGGCUAACCUCCACAGUCUUUCUCAGACAGCUGUGGUAGGUUAUAUCUUGGGAUAGCUAUAUUGAGGUAGCUGACAGUUGAACUGAGGGUUGCGAGGUCAGCAUUGUGCACAUUGGUUCUCGUCCCUGCUGGUCGGGGUACGAGUAGGGAGCUGGUCUCACCUAACAGAGGCGUCCAGGAGACUGCCCUCUAUGUAUUCUCUAGCUGGUGCCUUCCUCAACAAGAUGAGCAAGAUCCAGGUGGUGGAGGGAUACCAGGUUGGAGGAAGGCGUGCGGUGGUGGCGUCUGAUGCGGUUGUUGCGGAGGGAUAUGUGAAGGAGUUUACGCGCCACUCCAACGAUGUCCUACUGAAUCUGAAUGAGCUGAGGCACCGGAACAUUCUGACCGAUGCCACCCUCAUGGUGGGCGCUGCCCAACUGCAGGCACACUGUGCUGUGCUCAUUGCCUGCAGUGGGUUCUUCUACUCCCUGUACUGCCAUCGUGUGUCCUCCCCCGUACAGAGUGGUGCUGGAGGCCAGGCCCUAACCCUGUCUCUCCCUGACUCCCUGGACCCCUCCAGCGUCUCCCUGCUUCUGGACUUCAUGUACACCUCCCGGCUGCCUCUCACGUCACACACCGUCCCCGGGGUGCUCGCCGUCGCCACCUACCUGCAGAUGGACCACGUGGCUGACACCUGCAGAGCUUUCAUGUUACACAUUGAGAGGAUGAGAGGGACGCCCCCUCAAGUGGAGCUGGACUCCACGGUGUCUGCAGUGUUUGACGCACCCUCAGGGGGAGUUCCUCCCAGUCCCAAUGGAAGACCCCGCCCGUCUGUUCUCGCUGUCUCCACCCCCUCACAGCCUGCAGCAGAGGCUGAGGGCCAUAUUUGCCCUGACUCAGCCAGGGUCCCUGGAGACAUCCGGGCCUCUCUGCAGCCAGGGACUUUCCUGACCCGUAAGCCCAGGUCAAAGGAACUAAAGUUGGAGCCUGAAUCCCCUCUCCCCACACCCUCUCCAGAAAGCCCAUCCCGCUCCAGCUGUCAGCCCAACUCUCCUGCUGAGUCCAAAACCUGUAACCUGGGUGAACCCAAGAACAGCCCUGACCCUAAGGCGUGCAACUGGAAGAAAUACAAGUACAUCGUCCUCAAUCCAUUCUGUGCCAUAACCACAGUGAAGGAGGAGGAGCCUGAGGAGGUCCAGCAGCAGCUUAGGCACACCCCCACCUCUGAUAGGAUGGAGGUGACAUUGAAGCCAACUAUAGAGGCGUGGCCAGGGGAAGGAUCUGGCCAAAAUGACAGGCACGUCUCCUGCUAUGAUGUCCCUGGCCGUAGCCCUCCUCUGGUGCCCCUCACAGGGCUGUCAGCACACUCUGCGGACCACCCCAUGGAGCCUCCCACCCACAAGGAAGGAACAGCCUCGCCUUGCUAUCUGGCACCCUGCCCAUUGGAGCCAGAGACUGCCCAUCACUGCCAACACCCAAUCAAGCGCAAGAAUUACAGCUUGCCAUUCCGUUACUCCGACAACCUGAGCGUGAUAAAGGCUGUCUGCACAGGUAAGGCAGCCCCUGCUGCCAGCGACAAGCCGUACCGCUGCAACGUGUGUGGCGCCCAGUUCAACCGGCCCGCCAAUUUGAAGACUCACUCCCGCAUCCACUCUGGAGAGAAGCCCUACCACUGUGAUACCUGUGGGACCCGAUUCGUUCAGGUGGCCCACCUGCGAGCCCAUGUUCUGAUUCACACAGGGGAGAAGCCCUAUCCCUGUCACACCUGUGGCACUCGCUUCCGUCACCUGCAGACCCUGAAGAGCCACCUGCGUAUUCACACGGGCGAGAAGCCUUACACUUGUGAGAAGUGUGACCUGCACGUCCGCCACAAGAGCCAGCUGCGUCUCCACCUGAGGCAGAAGCACGGCGCCGUCACCAACAACAAGAUCCACUACAAGGUCCUGGCCGACCCCUACCAGUCCAUCCUGCAGGCCUGUUAAAUGUCUUCCCUUUGAACCCGGACUUUAACCCCUAACCCCAUUAUAACACCUAAACAUAUAGUUGGAAGUACAUGGGUCCUGUAAGUGAUUAGCCAAUCAAGCCAUGAUGUUCCAAUAUGAUUUGGGGAAAGACAGCAGGACCAGAGAUCUGAGCUGAUAUGUAGAUAGCAUGCAGAUGCCUGUCCUCUACAUGCUGUCAGUGAGGCACAUAUGAGUUAGGUCAGUAUAACCUGGAUCUUGUCAAGAGUUACUAGGAGUGAAUGAUUGGAGUGAUGGAAUGAUUUUGUAGCCCAUCAGUUAGAGAGAGAGAGAGAGAGAGAGAGAGAGAGAGAGAGAGAGAGAGAGAGAGAGAGAGAGAGAGAGAGAGGUUGAGAGCUGUAGAGAUGGAAAGAGCACGUGAAAGAAAGUUUUUUGUGCCAUUGUUUUCUUUAUUUUCCAGUCUCACAGGUAUUUUUAGGGACUGCGGCACAUUGGGGAUCAUUGAGUAUUUGGAAGGGAUACUACAAAGAUGUCAUUGCAUAACAAUAUAGACAAAGAUAGGUCAAAGAUCAUGAUGCCCUCAGCACUAACGUGUGAAUAGACUACCCCGAUUGUGACAGCUUUAAAAAGCUUUUUAACUAAUGUUUAUUUUUUACAUAUUUGGGGCUUUUGUAUAAUGAUGUGUCAUAUUGGAUCCGAUAUUUGCCCAUUACAUCCCUGCUGUGUUUUUCUAAAGCUUUUUAUUUAAAUGUAAGAUUAUAACUUGUCAUCCGUGAUUAAUUAUUAUUUUAUUUCGGAGUCCAAGCAGGCACAGGACUUUCGUCUCUUGUAUAUGAAGGAAUAUGGGCUCUCAGAGCAUAAAAGCUAGAUAAUGCUACUGUAAAAAAUGGAUGAGAGAUGAUAUUGAUAUCUGAAAUUGUAUGGUGUUCUUUUGCUGGACAAAGACAAGGACUGUUUUAUACCAAUUCAAUUAAAUUGAUUUCCAUUAACUACAAAUGAGUUGUAUCUUCUUUUG